AUGAACAAGAGGGUCACCAGACUUCAGUCCAGGCGCUCUCGCCCGGGACUACCACAAGAACCGCUGCUCAGUCCACCAGACACGCAAGAGAGAUCGACAAAGCGGCAGCUCGACGACAUCGGCCAGUCGCCUGCGAAGAAGUCUCGAUUGACUGACACCCAGAAAGCUAAAGCUGGAGGUGAAGGGUCUGCUGAGGCACCGGCCCUCCAGCAUCCGAGACCGAAGCCCCCAGCCGUACCAUUUCCCCAGAAGUUCAUCGACCCCCCCAUUCAACCCUCCGAUUCGAAGCACAGGUUUAUUCUUGAGUGGCUCGAAUCCGUUGGCUGCAACCGAGAUAGACGCUGCCGGUCAGAAAGCCAUCUGCAACCUACACACGACAGCCCCCCCGUCCCACCGAGCCGUGCGAGAUCGGCUCCAACAAUGAAGAACACGGGGGACCCCAAUGACUUGGCGUUUUCGAUGCCCUCUUCAACCUGGAAUCCCUCAAGGACCUUGGGUGACCGAUCCAGCAUUACUGGGACCGAUUUAACGACGAAAAAAGUGGAACACCCCGAUUACCUGAAGGUACACCUAGCUGGAAACGGCAUCCACUUCAGCCUGUCUAUUCCAGACCGCAUCGACGGCUUGGUAAAGACAAUGGGCCAGGCCCGUCAUUCUCCCGGCCCAUCAGAAGACCAGGUUCUGGGAGACGAAGAUCUCGAGAUCCUCAAGACAGCUAGAUUGGAGGUACUGGUAGAAGAGUAUUUCCUCGAUUAUGUAUUCCCCAAGUUUCGAUCGCCCAACCCUCUUGAGCGCAUCCCCAGAGCAGAGAUGUACAAGGACCACGUUCCUAAUAGAGAGGAUUAUAAGCACGAUGUCUGCCUCCCUAAGCCGGACGCGCUCUUUGGAUACCGGAAGGACAACGCCUUUCUCCAGCAGGAGGACCUAGUGGGAACAAUAUCCGGAGAGAUGACGGCAAAUUCUCAGGGACUCAGAUACCCUUUCCUUGUCGUCGAGUUCAAGGGCGAUGGCGGCCAUUGGGUGGGGGCGCGGAACCAAUGUAUGGGGGGUUCCGCAACUUGCGUCAAAAUAGCGGAAAACCUCAACCGUCGAUUGAAGCAGUGCACAAGCGCCGCCACUGUUGAUCCGAUCGACAGCGCUGUAUUCAGCAUUGCCAUCCGCUGUACAGAGGCGCGAUUAUUUGUCUCUUGGAGCCAGGAUGAUCAGAACUACUUCAUGGCGGAAAUCGAUAGUUUCCUCCUCCAUCGUCCUAAGGAUUACAUUGAGUUCUAUAAGUAUGUACAUAACAUUGUCGACUGGGGCCGGGGCGAGCGGCUAAAAAGGAUUCGUGAGUCCCUUGAUCUCCUUCAGGAAGAGAAAAGGAUUCAAGACAAAGAGAGUCAAGAGAAGGCUUUGGCUGCAGCAAAGUUGACGUCUGAGUCGAUGCCCGAGGUAAGACGAAGCCUCCGGCUGCAGCAAAAGCGCGCACGCUAG